UGAUCACCCAAUGUGACCAGAUGGCACAGCGCACCAGCGGCGGAGUGAAGCAGACGUCCUCUCAGAGUUGUAGAAACGUCUGUCAAGGCCGCUGAGAAAGUGCAGAUAAUGACAGAGCUGGUUGAUCAGGCGGAGACUGGUCUGCUUGAAUGCAAAGUGUGCUUUGAAAGAUACAGCCAGCAGAAAAAACGUCGCCCAAGGAACUUAUCAUGUGGACACGUUAUAUGCCUGGAAUGUGUCUCUUCUCUCGCCCAUCCCCGGAGUUUUAAGUUGGAGUGCCCUUUCUGUCGAAGAGCCUGCCGAUCUUCUGAGACCAGUGACUGUUUGCCAUUAUUGCACUUGAUGGAAAUCUUGAGCCCUUCAGCUGUGAACUCUCCGCUUCCAGGAAGGGCAAUUGGGACAGGUGAGGAUAUGUCUGUACCAACCUCUCAUGCCUUAACAUUCAGUCUUUCCUUUGGAGGAUGGGGAACGCUCAUCAAUCCAACUGGGAUUGCCAUCUGUCAGAAGUCCGGCUGCAUCGCCGUAGCUCAUGAUGGCAAGAAGAGGAUUAAGCUGUUUUCUCUCAAUGGGAGCUGCAUACAACAGUUUGGAGAAAGAGGAGAGGCAGGAAAUGACAUCAUGUACCCAACUGAUGUCACGGUCACGUUGGACGGCCACAUUGCAGUCACAGACGGUGGCGAUCGUUCCGUCAAAGUGUUUGAUUUUAAUGGCAGGGGCAAGCUAGCGAUCUCAGAGUCCUUUUCUUUACCGUGGGGCCUGGAUACCACGCCUCAGAAUGAUAUUGUCAUGACCGAUUCAGAGGCAGGCGUUCUGUAUCGCUUGAUGGCCGACUUCAAAAAGGGAGAAUUAAGGGCAGUGGAAAAAAUGUAUUCUAACCUGUGUAACCCAAGAAAAGUGGCCGUUUCUCAGACUUCUGGGGCGGUUACAGUAAUAGAGCAUUUAACGGCAAAAGGUCCAAGCUUCGGCUGCACAAGAGUGAAAGUCUUCAGUGCGGAGAUGAAGCUCAUUAGCCAGGUGGAUAGUUUUGGCCUGAAUCUUGUAUUCCCUUCCAAACUCUAUGCCAGUGCUGCUGCCUUCAGCAAGGAAGGACACAUAACAGUAACUGAUGCCUCUAACCAAGCAGUGUUUAGCCUUGGCAAACCUGAAGAAUUCCCUGUCUGUAAGCCCAUCAUUACCCAGGGUCUUUCCUACCCCCUGGCAUUAGCUUACACCGCAAAUAAUUCUCUGAUUAUCUUGGAUGGCGGGGAUCAUUCUUUGAAAGUAUAUACCGCCUACUCAAGUGCUGAGGGAGGGUGCUCUCCUGCAAACUGA